AUGGCUGAACCCAUCAAGAACAAGCGGCCCGACCCCGCUGUCGCCCCAACCCCUCAGAACACGCCGGCGAAUAAUGCACCCAUCUCGUCGCAUGCCCAGCAGCCCGGUGGCGGCAUCUCCAGCAUCAAGGAAGAGGAUCUGGACCGCGCGGCGGCUGCUUCCAUCUUUGCAAAGGAUCCCCGGCUUGUGUCUCUGAUCCAGGGCCGUCUCGGUUCCCUCGUUGGUAGGUCAUCAGGGUACAUCGAGUCUCUGCCGGUCGAGGUAAAGCGCCGGGUCGCUGGCCUGAAGGGCAUCCAGAAGGAGCACUCCAAGCUUGAAGCCGAGUUCCAAGAGGAGGUACUCCAGCUAGAGAAGAAGUACUUCGCCAAAUUUACGCCUCUGUACCAGCAGCGCUCGGCUAUCGUGAAUGGCCAAACCGAGCCGACCGAGGACCAGGUCAAGGCUGGCGAGGAGGCCCAGGAGGACCAGGAGGCUCAGGAGAAUGAGGAAGCAGAAGGCGCUGCCGUCAAGGAGGAGAAGCCCACCGGGAUAAAGGGUAUUCCCGAGUUCUGGCUCUCGGCCAUGAAGAACCAAAUCUCUUUCGCCGAGAUGAUUACCGACCGCGAUGAGGGUGCCCUCAAGUCCCUGACCGAUAUCCGGAUGGAGUAUCUCGACAAGCCCGGCUUCCGCCUCAUUUUUGAGUUUGCCGAGAACGAGUACUUCACCAACAAGACCAUUACCAAGACAUACUACUACCAGAACGAGAACGGCUAUGGCGGCGACUUCAUCUACGACCAUGCCGAGGGUGACAAGAUUGACUGGAAGCCUGGCAAGGAUCUGACUGUCCGCAUCGAGCAGAAGAAGCAGCGGAACAAGACUACCAAGCAAACUCGCAUCGUCAAGAAGACUGUCCCUACCGAGUCCUUCUUCAACUUCUUCUCGCCUCCCAAGCCCCCUACGGAGGACGACGACGACGCUGCUUCCGACAUCGAGGAUCGUUUGGAGCUCGAUUACCAGCUUGGUGAGGACAUCAAGGAGAAAUUGAUUCCUCGCGCGAUCGACUGGUUCACUGGCGAGGCUCUCGCCUACGAGGAACUCGACGAGGAUGACCUCGCGGACUUUGAUGAAGAGGAUGAUGAGGACGAUGAUGACGCCAGCGAGGACCACGAUGACGAGGAUGAGUCUGAAGAGGAAGAGGAGCCGAGGACAAAGCAGGAGCCGACUGAGUGCAAGCAGAGUUAA